CGUGAGCACACAUAAGUAAAUCGAUGAAAUGUGUUUGUGAAUAAAAUAAUAGUAAUACGCAGGUGUAUAAACCCGUCAAAGAAAUAAGUACUUGAUAUAUACCAUUUGUUGAUGCUGUCAUUAACUGUAUAUUAAAAGUAAAUCUUCAUUAUUUGAAUGAAGUAAACAAAUAAAUAGUGAAAAUAAGUGAGGUUACUGUACUGUUGCAAAAUUUGAAACUUGCGCUACAUUUUCAACAAAUACUACCAUUGCGUGUUGGAUCGGUCGGUCGUUGUCAUUUGAAAACGGAAGCCAUCUUGUGGCUAAGUCUCCCAUAUCAUAUCGAGGAAAUAUUAGUUAACCGACUAUUUAUCACGAAAAAUUUAUUUGUAUCUUCAUUGUUACGUUCGGACUAUGCAUGAAUUAUCGCACCAUAUGUUUACAUAGCCAUGGCUGCUACGAGAAAGUUGCAAGGUGAAAUAGACAGGUGCCUUAAGAAAGUUACUGAAGGUGUGGAUACAUUUGAAGAUAUUUGGCAAAAAGUUCACAAUGCGACUAAUAGCAAUCAGAAAGAGAAAUAUGAGGCUGAUCUCAAGAAAGAAAUCAAGAAGCUCCAGAGGUUACGUGACCAGAUUAAAAGCUGGAUCGCUUCUGGAGAAAUUAAAGAUAAGAGUACGUUACUGGAUUAUAGAAAGUUAAUUGAAACGCAAAUGGAACGAUUUAAAGUCGUUGAACGGGAAACAAAGACAAAGGCAUAUUCGAAAGAAGGCUUAGGCGCAGCUCAGAAAUUAGAUCCAGCUCAAAAAGAAAGGGAGGAAGUAAGCAAUUGGCUUGCAAAUUCCAUAGAUGCAUUAAAUUUACAAUUGGAUACAUUUGAAUCAGAAAUAGAAUCUUUACUUGCUGGUAAAAAGAAGAGACUGGAUAAAGAUAAGCAGGAUAGAAUGGACGAGUUAAAAUCAAAGCUGGAUAAACAUCGAUAUCAUAUUCGUAAAUUGGAAACACUUUUGCGCAUGUUGGAUAAUAUGUCAGUUGAAGUACAUACAAUAAAGCGGAUAAAAGAUGAUGUAGAGUAUUACAUUGAGUCUUCACAAGAACCAGACUUUGAAGAAAAUGAGUAUAUCUAUGACGAUAUUAUCGGUCUUGAUGAAGUCGAGCUUUCAGGAGUUGGAAUUCCAUCCUCAGCAACGACUGACAGUAACAACAGUAAUGAAACUGGAGGUACACCCACGUCUACCAAUUCAGGAACAUCUCCGAUACCAUCACCACCAUUGAGUUCUACCAUGCACAAUCAUUCAAGUGAUAGUUCAACUGACAAUGAUAAAAAACCUAAGCCUGUUAAACCUACUGCAGUAAGACCGCUACUGAGCUCGUCACAAACGAGCAUUCCAACGACGGGAAGCACUGCCAGCAUUAAAUCAACUUUACUAUCGAGCAGCACUCCAAGCAAAACCAUUCCCAUGACACCUAGCCAUAGCUCGCCUAAUUCUAAUAGUAAUCAUGUUGUUACAAGUAAUGCCGGAAAUUUUGCCACAGUAGCUGCCUCACACACCAAUUCUCAAACUGUUCACUCUACCUCUAAAAUAUCAUCUCAAAACAACGAGAAUGGCCUUUUAUCGUCACCAAUGUCUAACAUUACAUCUCCAAUAUCACAAUCUAUGAAUCAACAACUUCAGCAACAACCUCAGCAACUAACAACUCCAUCUCAACAACUUCAACAAUCUCCACCAACUCCCACAUCUCAACAUCAACCUCAAACUCAAAUGACACUUCAACAGCAACAAAUUGCUCAACAACAGCAGCAAUCUCAAAUUCAGGUUGUUUCACAGCAGUCGCAGCAUAAUAAUCCAGCAACCGUAUCCGCAACAGCUUCAAAUAUGCAAUCAAGCCAUAUGAUGCAUAAUCAAUCAAGUCAAAAUCAUAAUAAUAAUGCAGAAAUGAUCACUCCAAUUCCUCCAUCAGCGUCGCCUCAUUCAUCUGUCAGCAGUAGAUCAUCACCAGUACAAGUGAAUGCGUGCUCCCCAGUUCCUUCCACUGCCAACGGUCUUAUUUCUAAACUUCCCGAUGGCAUGUCUACUUUAAAAUCUAUUGCCCAGCAAGUAAUUGUUCGAGCAGGUUUGGAAAUACCCCCUGGUGAACCAAGCCGAAAUAUCUUUGACAAUUCAAAACCCAAUACUGUGACGUCUGAGGCGCACAUUCCGCCCUUGCUUGGAGUCGCACCACUGGGUCCUGUUCCUUUACAAAAAGAACAUCAACUGCAGUUCCAAAUGAUGGAAGCUGCCUAUUAUCAUAUGCCACAUCCAUCUGAUUCUGAACGUCUUCGAUCUUAUCUACCCAGAAAUUUAUGUCAGACGCCACCUUAUUAUCAACAAGUACAGCUGCCACACUCUGAUACUGUAGAAUUCUUUCAACGACUAUCGACGGAGACGCUUUUCUUUAUUUUUUAUUACAUGGAGGGUUCCAAGGGCCAGUACUUGGCAGCCAAAGCACUCAAGAAACAAAGUUGGAGGUUUCAUACGAAGUAUAUGAUGUGGUUCCAGAGGCAUGAAGAACCAAAAGUGAUAAAUGAAGAAUAUGAACAGGGAACGUAUAUUUACUUUGACUAUGAAAAAUGGGGACAAAGAAAAAAAGAAGGCUUUACUUUCGAGUAUAAGUACUUAGAAGACAGAGAUCUUAAUUAAAAUCAUGAAUUUUUCACGUUUGCAGAGGAUCUACAAAAAAUGCACUAUUUCUGUACCGGUAUUAUGAGACAAAAAAUGCAAAACAGCUUAUAUAAACAUAUAUAUGUAUGUAUGUAUAUAUCUAUGAAUUAUAAGUACAUAUAUACAUAUAUAUCAUUAAAUAUUUCUUUAUUUAUUGGCAAGACUUUUUAAAAUACUUUGAAUAUUUUUCAUGUGCAUAACUGUUGAUCCAUUUUUUAUGUAUUGAAGGAAAAUUUUUUUUUUGUUUAUUACUCAAAAAAAAUUGACCGUGAAUAAGGACCGUAAUCAUGAUUUAGUUGAUGAUAAUUAAGAUAAAAGAUGAUGAUGAAAUUAAGUCCACUCAAUGAAGGACGGUAAAUUGUAAACUAUGAGUAAUGUGUGAGAAAUACUGAGGAAAACACUUAUAGCGCAUAGUGUGCGGUGUGUGAUAAUGCUCGCUGGCGACUGACUCUGUAAUACCAGUACAAACAUGCGGUGCAACAUCCACCAGUUGCUUAAAAAAAUAUUUAAAAAUCGACGAGGUGGUGGGGCACUCUCAUGCUAUGGUAUGUCUUAAUGAUAGAUAAUAAGUAGCCUUUUUGUAUAAAGUAUAUUGAGGUAUUAAAUCCUUGAAUUUGAAUUACUGUACAGAAUGUGUAGACAUAGUGAAUUAUAAUAUUACGGAAUAUAUUUUAUUUCCCAUUCAAAAUGAA